ACUUCAGUGGUUGCAUUGACCUCCAUGAUGUCAGAAUGUCAUUGUGCAACUGUAGCUAAGAAAAGCUUCUGAGAAAAAACAAAGGAGCAUUGCAUCUCACCAUAACAUGAGAUGUGCCCAUACAUUGAAUCAAGACUGUAGCUGAUGUGCAGUGUCACUUACAACAUUAAUCAGAUACUGCAUUUAAGAUGACAGUCAUGUCCCAUUCAAAGGAUCUCAAGGAUGACUUUCACAGUGACACGGUACUCUCCAUUUUGAAUGAACAGCGCAUUCGGGGUAUUUUAUGUGAUGUCACUAUAAUUGUGGAAGAUACCAAAUUUAAAGCUCACAGUAAUGUACUUGCAGCUUCAAGCAUUUAUUUCAAAAAUAUUUUCUGGAGUCAUACUAUCUGUAUUUCCGGACACGUCCUUGAGUUAGAUGAUCUUAAAGCUGAAGUGUUCACUGAAAUACUUAAUUAUAUCUACAGUUCCACAGUUGUCGUUAAGAGACAGGAGACAGUAACAGACCUAGCAGCUGCAGGGAAGAAACUGGGAAUAUCAUUUCUGGAAGAUCUUACUGACUUUCAUUUUUCAAAUUCCCCUUGUCCGUAUACAUUUUGUAUUACUGAAAAAGGGGUGGUCAAAGAAGAAAAAAAUGAAAAAAGACAUGAAGAUUCAGCUAUCGCAAACGGGCCAAGAAUCACAAAUGCAUUUUCAAUUUUUGAAACUGAAAAUAACAACAGUUUGUUUUCUCCACUUGACUUGAGAGCAAGUUUUAAAAAGGCAUCUGAGACAAAUAAAGCAACCAGUGUUGGCCUUGAUAGGGAUGAUGCUAGCAAAGAUGCAGAGCCAGCCAGUACUUUAGCUGAACACUCCUAUGCAGUUUCUUCUGGAGGGGAUGCUUUUCAAGGAGCUCCUUUUUUAGAACAUGACAGCCGUCCCCUAUAUAAAAUGAAUGAAGAGAGUUAUGAAACACUUCAGACUAUUCCUUUACUUCAACCAAUAAAACAAGCAUGUGAUGCACCAAAGAUAGCCUUUAAAUCCCAGUGUAUUGGUUUGGCUACAGCAAAAAUAUCAGCCUCCAAAGUAACCAACACAGAUGUUCAACAAGACGCAGUUAUGGAUCAAGUGAUUAUUCCUUUCCCUCAUGAUAAGGCAGGAGAUUUACAUUUUUCCACAGAAGAGGAAAAUAAAUCUGCUAAAAUCCCUGGAUCUGUAGCAGCAGUUAUUCCACCUAUUUACAGAUGUAACUGUUGUACCAAAUCUUUUGAUGACAGAGCUUUACUCAGCACCCAUCUUCAGCUUCACACAAAUCAUCAGGAACUUUUAAUAUGCAAAUACUGCAGCAAACAAUUUGCAAAUCUUAACAAACUGGAGGAUCAUGAAGAAAUCUGCAGGAGUUCAGGCAGUAUAUCUGGUCAGAGUGGAAAUCAACAAAUCUUUUUGGAUAAUUAUACCACCGCUGAUGAAAGAAAUGGAAGCUCACAUGGAAACACAGAGUCUCUCUUGUCCGAAAACAAUAUUACUGAAUACUCCAGUGCAAACUGCACCUUGCCAGACACAGACCAUUUGGUUAAAGUUGUUGAUGGGCAGAUAUUAUACACAUGCAUUGUUUGCAAACGUAGCUAUGUAACAUUGUCUAGCCUUCGAAGACAUGCAAAUGUGCAUUCAUGGAGAAGAACUUAUCCUUGCCAUUACUGCAACAAAGUAUUUGCAUUAGCUGAAUAUCGGACCAGACAUGAAAUCUGGCACACAGGGGAAAGGCGUUAUCAGUGCAUUUUCUGCCUUGAGACUUUCAUGACCUAUUACAUACUAAAAAACCAUCAGAAAUCUUUCCAUGCAAUUGACCAUCGGCUUGCAGUAAAUAAAAAAACAGCUAAUGGAGGCUUAAAGCCUAGCAUGUAUCCUUACAAACUUUAUAGGCUUUUACCUAUGAAAUGCAGAAGGCUACCUUAUAAAUCCUACCAGAAUUCUUCAUAUGAACAUGUACAAGCAAACAACCAAGUUAAUGAAGCUACUUCUAGUACCUGCGUUAUUCAGAAUUCUCUCAACUCUGAACUACCUUCACUGAAUUUUCAAAAUAAUAUUUUAACAAACAAUACUGCUAUUUCCUUGAAUACAUCUUCAUGUAAUGAUGCAACAUCAUCUAUGAAUAUUCAGAAUGUUUCAUCCUGGGCAGUAGGAAUGUUAAAUUCUGACCUACAAAGUGGCUUUUUUACUGUAGAAAAAUCAGUGCCCUCAGUUGCAAAUGAACUUAGUUCUGGUUCUCAGGAAUGUGAUACUUCUGUUCUGUCUUUCAGUAAUGUGAGUGAAAAUUCAACCUCUGUUAUCAACUAUCGUAGCUCAGCACCCUCGGUUAUAAUGCACAGUAGUAGAGUUUCAUCAGUAAUAAUGCACAGUAAUGCAGUCACUUCUAUGGGAAGUUGUAAGACAGUAUCCUCCAACAAUACAGCCAGUCAGUUCAUAAAAGAUGACUGUAAACAUGGGUCAGAUAACUAUGGCAAAGGCAUUACUAAAGCAAAAGCCAUUAAAGAGAAAAAGAAAACACUUCUGUGCAAUAGAGGAGAGGCACUGGAGGAGUGCCACUAUAUUACAGGAUCUGCAGAUUCAGCUAACAAAACAACAGAUAUUGUUCAAGAAUCAGGUAAAACUGAAACCUACAUUGCAAAGCCUGCCUUACCUGGAACAUCUACUGACAGUAAUGUUGCUCCUCUUUGUCAAAUAACAGUAAAAAUUGGGAAUGAGGCUAUUGUAAAAAGACAUAUUUUAGGAUCCAAACUGUUUUAUAAAAGAGGAAGAAGAUCUAAAUGUGAAUCUGAACAGGACAGUCAGCCUCAGGAGGCUAAAACAGAGAGAAAAGAAAGAAGCCCCGCGAGGCUUUGCAGAUCAGAAUGCAUGGAAUUGUCUGAAAUGUGUGAUGAUGUAAGUGAUCAAGAUUCCAACGACAAACCUUGGAGACCUUAUUAUAAUUACAAACCAAAAAAGAAGUCUAAACAGCUUAGAAAAAUGAGAAAAGUAAAGUGGAGGAAGAAUCAUAGAAACAAGAACUCCAGUAGUGAAAAUCAAAAUACAUGCAAUAGAGAGUAUGCACUUAGAAAUAUUCCUGAAGAAAAGGGCAUCAAUAAAGAAGGAAACACAGAAAUGCCUAAUCUUCAUUGUGAGCUCUGUGUGAGAGAGAAAUCUUCCACUGAAGAAAUCCAAGAACCUAUACAUUGGCAUGUACCUACUUCAAAGCCUUAUAUUUGUGAAUUAUGCCAAAAGCAGUUCCAGAGCCCAUCCACACUGAAAAUGCAUAUGAGAUGUCAUACUGGGGAAAAGCCCUACACUUGUAAAACCUGUGGUAAGUGUUUUUCAGUUCCAGGAAACCUACAGAAACAUGAACGCAUUCACUUGGGCAUCAAGGAUUUUGUUUGUCAAUAUUGUAGUAAGGCAUUCACUUUAAAUGAAACACUCAAAAUACACGAAAGAAUACAUACUGGAGAAAAACGCUACCAUUGUCAAUUCUGCUUACAGAGUUUCUUAUAUCUUUCUACCAAAAGGAAUCAUGAGCAAAGACAUGCACAUGAACAUAAUGGAAAAGGAUAUGCUUGUUUUCAGUGCCCUAAAAUUUGCAAGACAGCAGCUGCUCUUGGAAUGCACCAAAAGAAACAUCUAUUCAAAAGCCCAAGUCAACAGGAUAAACAAGAGUAUUUGUGUAAUGAAAGCUCUAAACCUUUGGAGAAUCAAAAUUUCAUAGACUCAGAUGGGAAUGAAGUGAAUAGUAUACAGAGUAUGACUCCGAAAGUUAUACUUUGAGUGACAGUAUCAAAACCAAGAAAAAAAACACUGAAAAAUAUAUUAGAGAACAACAUAUAGAAGUAUGGGAUGCAAAGGAAACUCCAAAUCUGAGCAGGUUCAAAAAAAUAAUGAUGACAUUUUUCAUCCAUAAAACUUCUAUAUAUUAGCAUAUGCAAAAAAUGCACUGUACCAGAAAAACUAGAAAUAUUUGCAAUAGUGUAAAUAUAACAUGAAGGAGAAUAAAAGUCUGAUUCAAAAUAGUUCCGCAAUCAUGGACAGUUAUAAUAUAUAAAUAGAAGAAAAUAGCAGUCCCAAUCCAAAACUCCUUUAUUAGGAGUUACAAGUAACUAGCCACUGAACUCUCUUAAAUGUACAAAAACAUAUUUUAUUCUGAAUCAAUCUGGGUGUAAUAAAGGCCAAAUAUAUAGGUUCAGAGUACAUUCACUAAGAAGAAUUUGUAGUACAGAAGAUUGACAUACUUAUAAUCAAACUUUCAUGGUAAUGUGUUUAUAAAUCAAAAACAAAAUUUAAAAGAUCAUGACCUAAUAUAUACAAUAUCUUAAAAUAACCUGCUGAAGAUGGAAAUGUUUAUUGAAUGUGGGUAUGAAGUAUAGUUCGGUUUUGGAAAACUUUUCUAUAUCACAGUAGGGUAUAUACUGGGUUAUACUGUUGUAUGAAUACUACAUUUUACACCAUCUAUAUUCAAUUUUUACAGUUACAUUGAUAGCCAGUGGGCAUCUGAGUGUCAGUAAGGUUUGGAAGCCCAGAAUCAUGACAAUAAAUGUUCAUCUUAAAUAUGAAGUCUUCCAAGUUGUGUAAGUCCUGGAAGGUCCAGCUAUCAAUGUAUGGCAGACCAGCUAAUCCAGGGGCAAGUCCAGACUUUUGUUGUAGAAGCCAAAUGAAACACUCCAGUUUCAUGAUGAAGGAGUUGUGGAACUGACCAGUGUGAAUACCUUGUGUAAAUACAUUCCUAACCUACCAAUGGCUCUGAAACGCCUACAUUUUUUAACCAUUUCUCUUCUCAUCGGGGGAUGCUUAGUCCACGAAAGUUCUUCCAGUUGGAAUAAUUCCAAACAUCCCAGGAAGAGGAGUUGGACUAGCUCUUGGUCUUCAAAUGAGUGGGCUAAAGCCAACAAAUAACAAUUACCCUUUUGAUUUGCUUUUGGGGUGACAGGGGUGGAGAAUAUUUCGUUUCUUUCAUCCAUACAUCAGUCAGGGCUGUAUCAUUGUCUCUGCAAACUUUCAUCCAUACAGACAUUUGAGUCAGUUCACUGUGGAGCUGGGAUGUAGGUCAGUCUACUGUGGAGGAGGAGUGUCCUCUUGCCCUGACAGUCUUUUUCAUUUUAUGGGACUAGGAGCUUGCACUUACCCACUAUCCAGUUGCUGUUUCUUGGAGUAUAGUGUAUUAACCAUUGGGCCACAUGCUGGCCCUAAUCUCUAGUUGACAACUAAAUAGAGAGCUAGAUGUAUGUUUUGGGUUGCAGUGUCUUUAAAGUUCUUCCCUACAUGAAUAAUGUUCAUCCAGAAAAGAGUACCAUCCCCACACCAAAACACAUCAUGCAAUGAGCCAGAUUUCUAUGUAUAUUGAUGACCAAUCUUGGUAGAGAUGCAGUUUCUGUUUGAGUAAAAAGGAGCCUGUUUAGAAAGUUAGUACAACUCCCCUCUGAUUAAGGAUUAGUCCCUGGAGCUGCAUGCUUACAACCUGGCUCAGUCUUCUCUGGACAGACACCAAUCUUGUGUGUGAACACAAUUGAUAGAUUCCAUAUGUUUCUAAUCUCAUUGGUCUGAUUAGAGCUGGGUCAGUGUUCCUAGCUUUGGAUCUCUGAAUUCUUAUCUAAAGGAAUGUUUACUUUGUGACAAGUUGGGAUGUGAUCCUAUUCUGCACUCAUCAUCCUCAGCAAUUUCUUGAAGUUGAAGUUGAUUGUCUUCCAUGAAUUGUCCAUUUCAAACUAUCUGUGGAGCCACUGAUGGCUUAAAAAGGUUUUUCUGGAGCCUCAGAUUCUGCCACAUUAUACACAUGGGUGCAGAUGAAAGUAGGGUAUUCAUUCGGGUCAUAAUACACUCUGUUACUUCUAUUUUUCUGUCAUAGAGAGUUGCAUCUAAUUCUCGAAAUGCUGAGUUCUCUGCCUCAAGCAAUUCCUCCAUCAUUAUUGGUUCUGGGUUCCCACAAGUGGAUGUCUAUAUUUUUAGCAGUCUGGAAUCAGGCAUCCGGAUAAUAUGGCAUGCCCAGCAAAGUUGAUGAUAAAUAAUCAACAACUUCAUGCUCGUUAUAUUGGCUUGCAUGAGGACUCUGAUGUUAGUAUGUCUAUCAUCCCAUUUGUUUUGGAGAUUUUUAUCUAUACAGCAUUUAAUGAUACUUUCCCAGCACCUUAUGAUGUCUUCUGUGUGCUGUCCACAUUUCAGCUCCAUAUAACAAAGUGGGAAUCAUCACUGCUUUAUAGACUGUGAUUCUAAUUUUGAUUCUGGUUGUUGCAGUCUUCAAACACUUUCUUUCUCAGAUGACCAAAAUUUUGCUUGCUUGUAUAAGCUGAUACUUGAUUUCUUCAACAAUAUCAGCUAUUUAUGGAAGUUGGCUUCCAAGAUAUGAGAAGUAUGCAACAUUCCUUAGAGGGAGCGUAAAACGUGAUCAAAUAAAGCAUUGCAGCAAGGAAGAUGAAGAGCAUGUGGACAAUGACACUACCCUGAUUGACAUCUGUCUUAACCUUAUAAGGAGCCAUAGUGGAUCCAUUACAGAAGCUCACUCCUUGUGUGUCAUCAUGAAAGACAUGAAAAAGAGUGACAAAUUUCAGUGGACAACCAUAUACCAGAAGGAUUUUCCACAGUGCUUCCCUGUUAAUUGAGUCAAAGGCUGCUGUGAGGUCAAUGAAUCCCAUAUGUAGCAGUCUGUGGUAUGGUCUAUAUUUUUCUGUAACUGGCAAGAGGAAAAAUCAUGUCAUUAGUGUCUCUAGAUGGCCCCCCUGAGAUUUAGGAAGAGAGCAAGAAGACAGUUUAGGAUAAAUUUUUCAAGUUCCUUUUCAGCAGUUGCUAACAGAAAGAUUCCUCAAUAAUUUUCACAGCCAGGUUUAUCCCUGAAAUAAUGCACAUGGAAAAUCAGCACAGAGGCACUCAGGGAUCCAACAAAACAUGAUCCUUUCUGCCAAUGCCACAGCAAGAAUACAUCACAAUGGUCUGCCACAGAUUACCUGCAUCAAUGAAUUGUUAAUGUGUGUCAGCAGAGUCCACAUAGAUGGAUAAUCUUUGGCAGGCUAAUGCACAUUAGAUUCACAACCCAGUUUGCUGUGAACUAAUUAUUCAUAUAGAGAAGCAGUAAGAUGCAAUCCUAAAUGCAGACCCCAUGUCUACCAUCCUACCUUGGGAUAUGGGAUGCUGCAGGUUGACCUGCCUUAAAUCCUGAAGCCAGUGCUUCAGCAUUUCCAAUCCCCCAGGGGCUUAUGUGUGUCCCGGGAGGUAUGAGCCUCUACAAAAUGGUAGGCAAGCAAAAAAUACAGGAUUAGCAAAAGAAAUGUCUUAACCAGUCACCAAAGGAAGGUACUAAAGAGUUACAGCACUCUGCAAAAUAACAAACAGUUCUGAGAUGCCCUCUCUUUAGUGUGAUCUAACCCCUUCUGUGAGUCUGAGAUCUGAUCAUUGUUUCAGACGAGGCAGACACUCCUGCCUUCUCUCUUGCUCUAGCGUGGUCUUCUAGCUUGUGGCACUGGAAGCUCUCUUCCCCCUACCCCAACCGCUUAAAUACAGUUGUUUUUGUUCUUACACACCAAGUGAGAAAUUCCAACCUAUUCCACCAGGCUUCGGUAGAGCCUCUAACGUCCCAUGGUGAUGGCUGGCUGGUAUUAGAAAUUGUAACUUGUUAGCCCUAGAUUGCUAGAUGAUGGCUUCUCAGCCAUAGUCAUCCUCUAACAGUCAUAAGCCACAAAUGUUCAUUUGGUGCCCUUUACAGCUCUAUAAAGUCCUAUGUUACCAUCUCAAAAGAGACAUCCAGUAAGACCAGAGUAUUGUAGUGAAUAUUGUUUCAGUGACUGGAACAAAGGAUCUAAUUUUGAAGAUGGAGAAAACACUUUUUAAAAAAUGGUCAAAGGAUAGUAGAUGAUUUUGAUCUAUGCUUUAUAGCACAGGACUGCUCUGAUAAAUAUCCAUAGUACUGCAUCUGUACUAUCUAUUCUUCAUGUAUUUUCAUCUGUACACAGUAUUAUAAAAUAAAGGGCAAGGCAUAGAUUAGUGAACCUCAGCUUCAUUCUACGUACAAAUAUGAUACAUUAUUUGUUUGCUUAUUUGGUUUUUAUUAGAAAUUGCAAAAGAAGUGAUAUCUUGGGUAUGAUAAAACUACACUUGAACUGAUAGUGCAGUAUUGAAUUAAAUAAUAGUAUUGUCCACUUAUUUAUUCUGCCAAGGAUGAAUGCUAUGAAUCAAUGAGAAUUUUGGUUCCAUAGCAGCUUUAGGUCCAGACAACUAGGAUUAUGAAAUAAAUACAAUAAAAAUGUGACAAAAUACAUGGGGAUAUUUUCUAAGUGGGUUUAUACGCUGAUAACUGUAGACCAAAGCAAAUCAGGUAGAAUAUUUAUACAUAAAAGAUAAUUUUACAAGUAUUUUAUAUAAUUGUAUGGUUCAUAAAAAUAUUGACAGUUUGUGUUAGGUUUGGGGGGGUUGCAUAUUUUGAUAAAAAUACAAUGACUUUAUAAUUCUGUGUAUUCUCUACUGUUUAUAGCAAAUCCAUUUUUAAGAUGGCCAUGUCAAGUUUCUUGUUAAUUGUAGGACUUUAACUGCAAGUAAUAUGUUGAAGUAAUCAGUCAAGUACUAAUGACCAAACUGGAAUUAAAAUAAGUGUAAUAGAUGGAAAUAUUGUACACUGUAAAAGAACGUAAUUUGUUACAUUAUGGCAUUUGAAUUUUUGUUUAAAAAUACUAUUAAAUGCAGAUAUUAAGGGUUGGAAAAAAGUCUAUUUUAUUUUUAGAAAGAGUGACUAUAAUUCUGGUUGUGA